CGGGAAUUUCCGAUAUAGGCCAAACUAAAACAAGAUACAGAUAUAGAAAUGUAAAUGAUGAAGUGGCGUUUAAAUAAAACAAUUUAUUGACAAUUUUAUAGCUGGUGUUAUUUUGGAUAAUAGAAAAACAGCAAGUGAGAAUUAAACGAUGGCUGGUGAACACAAAAACAAAACUUUAGACUACACUUUGCUAGAUUCACCACCUCAGUUGCUGGAAGAUGCCUUAGUACAUGAGUCAAAAACAGUUGAAGUGACCGUUGGGGAUAAGACACUUAAAAUCUACACUGAAAUCCUGGCCCAAAAAGACUGUAAACCCAAACUUGAUGUCCUCUUCCUCCACGGCAUGAGCUUCACCUCUAAAAAUUGGCUGGACAUCAAGUCUGUCUACCAUGUGGCUAACUGGGGCUACAGAGCAGUGGCUGUGGACUUGCCAGGUUUUGGCAAAAGUCUCAACCUCCUGCCCCCAGAGAACGAUGGAGAGUUUUUAAAAUCUUUUAUCUCAGAGCUGGGACUGAAGCCCCCUGUGAUUGUAUCCCCCUCUAUGAGUGGUUCCUUUUCUCUGCCCUACUUGUUUGAUGGUGAUGUCUCAACAGGUCUGGAGAGGGCAACGGCCUACGUACCAGUUGCUCCAGUUAACACUUCCAAGUAUGUCAAGCACUUUAGGACUAGCAAGAUCCCAACCAUGAUUGUUGUGGGUUCCAAGGAUUUGUCCAUUGGGGCCAGAAGUACUCAAGACUUAAAGCACAUCCCAGACCACUGGUACGCCCCUAUAGAAGGUGCCUCUCAUGCCUGCUACAUGAACAACCCCGAUGCCUUCCACAAGUUGCUUUUCUUUUUCUUGAAGAAUCUUGAAGUUUUGUAAUUGUUGGAUCAGAAUGUUGAAGUUUUGUAAUUGUUGGAUCAGAAUGUUGAAGUUUUGUAAUUGUUGGAUCAGAAUGUUGAAGUUUUGUAAUUGUUGGAUCAGAAUGUUGAAGUUUUGUAAUUG